AUGGCAUCUUCUUCUUCUCUCCCACAGGUGACAAGGCUUUCAGGUUCAGGUGACAUUGGUGGUGCAAAAGACCCUCUUCUUACUGGGGUGCAUAAGAUAUCCCAUAACUAUUCUCUUCUUCGCGCAAUAUUCCCAUUUUUAUUCCCAGCUCUUGAAGGACUGGUAUAUGGCUAUGAUAUUGGUGCCACGGCGUGUGCUACAAUUUCCCUCGGGUCAGCCACAUUAAGCGGAGUAUCAUGGUACGACUUGUCAUCUCUGCAAAUUGGUCUCAUUGCUAGUGGCUCAUUAUCUGGUGCCUUGAUUGGCUCUGUCCUGGCCUUCAAUGCUGGUGAUGUCUUAGGAAGGAGGUUUGAGUUGAUUGCGUCUGCAGUAUUGUAUUGUAUUGGAGCUCUAAUAACGGCAUUAGCACCUGAAUUCCCUGUUAUGGUGAUUGGGCGCUUUGUAUUUGGUGUAGGAAUUGGACUGGCAAUGCAUGCUGCUCCUAUGUAUAUGGCUGAGACGGCUCCAAGACAGAUACGAGGUCAACUAUUAUCGCUCAAAGAGUUCUUUAUAGUGAUUGGGAUGGUUGUUGGUUAUGCAGUUGGUAGUGCUUUAGUGGACAUAUUUGGUGGUUGGCGGUAUAUGUAUGGAGCUAGCAUCCCUUUGGCAGUAAUUAUGGGAAUUGGAAUGUGGUGCCUACCGGAGUCACCUAGAUGGAUCCUUCUAUGUGCCAUACAGGGAAAAGGAAAUAUGCAUGAUUUAAAAGAGAGUGCAAUACGUUGCUUGUACCGGCUUAGGGGAAAAGCUAUUGGUGACUCAGCUCCUGCACUGGUAGAGGAGAUGCUUGAUGAGCUUUAUUCUGUAGGUGAAGAUAAGAAAGCUACAUUAGGAGAGAUGUUUCAUGGGAAAUGCAAGAAAGCCCUUGUCAUUGGUGCAGGAUUAGUUUUGUUCCAACAGAUCACAGGGCAACCAAGCGUGCUGUAUUAUGCUGCAUCAAUUUUGCAGAGUGCAGGGUUUUCUGCAGCAGCUGACGCAACACGGGUCUCAAUUCUGCUUGGGUUAUUCAAGUUGGUAAUGACUGGAUCAGCUGUGCUUGUUGUUGAUAGAUUUGGGAGGAGACCACUUCUACUUGGAGGUGUUUCUGGGAUGGUGAUCUCUCUAUUCAUGUUGGGAUCAUAUUACCUUUUCUUGAAUGAAGCACCAGCUGUGGCUGCAAUUGCACUGCUGCUCUAUGUUGGGUGCUAUCAGUUAUCGUUUGGUCCAAUUGGUUGGCUAAUGAUAUCAGAGAUCUUCCCAUUAAGAUUUAGAGGGCAAGGACUGAGUAUAGGAGUGCUUGUGAAUUUUGCUGCAAAUGCACUAGUCACUCUUGCAUUUUCCCCUCUAAAGGCAUGGCUGGGAGCUGGACUGUUGUUUUAUGUAUUUGGAGCAAUAGCUGUGGCAUCUCUUGCUUUCAUUUUCUUCAUUGUCCCAGAGACAAAGGGUCUCAGUCUUGAGGAGAUUGAAGAGCAAUGCCUCUAG